GCAGGCCUCUGUGUCUUUACUUCGAUCUCAUACCCUAACCAGGCUAAAUAUUUUUUCCUGUCUCUCACGUGUCUCUAACAGUACUUCCGAAAAUCUAAGCUCUUGUCCAUCGUCUGGCAUCCCAAACUUCACCAAGUAGAGCAGUGGCCUCUCCCUCGAGGGUUCAAAGGAUGUCUACAGGCUGCCCCAUAAAGCAUGAUCCUAAGCAUGAAGAUGCUGGAACAUUGUGUCCCGACAUCGCCGACUGGGACGGGCCGGACGACUCGGCAAAUCCUAUGAACUGGAGUGCGGCGAAGAAGAUCAUGGCCGUUGGCACCGUAUCGGUCUUCAACUUUCUGACUCCCCUGGGGUCUGCCAUGUUCGCCCCGGGUGUUUCACAAGUGAUGAAUGACUUCCACUCGACCAGCAAGCCCAUCUCAACCUUCGUGGUCUCAAUCUAUCUGCUCGGGUUCGCAUGUGGACCCCUGUUAGUCGCGCCCCUCUCCGAGCUCUAUGGCCGUCUGCCGCUCUACCACGCCUGUAACAUGCUCUUCACCGCGUUCAAUAUCGCCUGCGCGGUGGCGCCCGGCAUGUCCUCCUUGAUCGGGUUCCGCUUUCUGGCCGGAUCGUUUGGAAGUGCACCGUUAGCCCUAGGAGCUGGAACCCUAGCGGACUGCAUUGCGCCGGAUCGUCGCGGUCUGGCAAUUGCGGUCUGGGCUGUUGGACCCGUAAUUGGCCCAGUGGUUGGCCCUGUUUGCGGUGGAUUCUUAACCCAAAAUGCGUCGUGGCGCUGGGUCUUCUGGGUAAUUGCAAUUGCGGCAGGCGUCGUCACCGCGGCCUCCUUCAUAAUCCUCCGCGAAACCUACGCCCCAAUCCUUCUGGAGCGCAAGGCCAAGCGGCUCAGACGCGAAGCGGGCAAUUACCAAUUACGGUCGGCACUCCACCGGGACCUGACCCCGCGGGCUCUGUUCACGAAAUCCAUCGUUCUCCCCCUUCAGCUGUUGGUCCUCUCUCCGAUAGUCUCCCUGCUAUCUAUAUAUGUGGCCGUAGUGUACGGCUUCAUGUAUCUCCUCUUCACCACCAUGUCGCAGGUUUACCACGAUCAGUACAAUUUUUCCACCAGUAUCAUCGGCCUCACCUACAUUGGGCUGGGACUGGGCUCGAUAUUAGGGCUGAUAGCCAUGGGCCGCUUAUCGGACCCCAUCACCCGCCAUCUCGCUGCUCAGAGCAAAGAGGGAGUCAAGAAACCCGAGUUUCGUCUGGCGUUGAUGAUCCCUAUGAGUCUCUGCCUUCCCAUUGGGCUGGUCUGGUAUGGCUGGUCCGCCGACAAGCAGGUGCAUUGGAUCAUGCCCAUAAUUGGGACCGGGUGGGUUGGAGUCGGUGUAGUGGCUGUGUUUACUGCGAUUCAAACGUAUCUUGUCGAAGCCUUCACGGCGCAGGCUGCGUCGGCGGCAGCAGCCAAUACUGUCUUGCGAUCCCUAAUUGGAGCGGUGUUGCCCUUGGCUGGACCCUCAAUGUAUGAUGCGCUGGGCUUGGGGUGGGGUAACUCAUUGCUCGCCUUGAUUGCCUUGAUAAUGGUUCCACUGCCGCUGGCAUUCUUCAAGUUUGGCGAAAGACUUCGGACAAAGUUCCCAAUUGCACCUUGA